AUGAUUAUUAUCGAUAAUACAGAUUAUGAGGAUCAUAAGGAGAGUUUCCGUGAAGAUGAUUAUGAGGCACCACAAACUUUACUCCAACUCAUGAUUAGAAAUGUACAAAAUGAAGUGAUUACUGAAAUUUGGGAAGUUAAACCUGAGUUAUCACAAACAAAAUCUCAUUUUGUUAUUUUAAUGGCAGAUGGAAGUCAUUCUUGUACUUGUAAUCUCUUGAUAUCAUUUGGCAUUCCUUGCAGACACUUUUACAAAGUUCUUAGAAAAAGUUUACAAGCUAAAUUUCAUAUUUCAUUAAUAAAUCGACGCUGGUAUCAAGAUUUAAAACUUAUUCGUGGUGGUUAUGUUUAUACAGAAAAACUUAAGAAUAUUGUUUCAGUUAAAGCAAAAUAUGGAAGAUCUUUAGGAAUUGCAAGGAAAGCUUUAGAUUUAACUCAAAAAUUAAAUUGUUACAAUGAAUUAAAUGGAUUACUUCAAAUGUUUAUAGACGAAAAACAGCAAGAAUUACUUCAAAAGGACCAAACUAUCGAUAAAGAGAAUAGUAAUGAUCAUCAAAGAAAUGAUGAAUCUGAUAUUAUUUGUUCUAAUCCAGUAACUUCAAGAAGGCGUGGACGUCCUCCAAAUCGAUAUCUGAGUGAAGGUGAAACUGCAAAUAAAAAUAAGAAGCAAAAAAUGACUACUGAUUUGGAGUUAGAACGUAUUCCAGAAAAUAGUAAUAAUGGAAAUAACAAGAAACAAAGGAAAUGUAAAGGGUGUCAGGGUGUAAGUCAUGAUUUACGUAAUUGUAAAAAUUCUUAG